CAUUAACAGAAGCCAACAGCUUAUCGAUAGCAACAAAGGGCCCGUGUGCCGGCGUACCCUUUUUAGAUUAGUGUUCGGUUUGGAGUGGGGAGGCGCAUAAUUGCCCACCUUGGCUUCUUCCAAGGCGAAACGGAGUUUGAAACUUGAUUUCUUGCUCGCGUGCGGAGGAAAUUGAUCUUUUCCUUCAUCUCCGACUGAAACUCAUCUGCCAGCUUUGCUUGCUUUGGAGAGCAAUUGACAUCUCCGACCAGCAGCUAUCGGGCACUGAUCGCUGCUGUGGAAAGCGAGACAGCGCGACGCGGGGAGGAAAAGUUUUGCCUUUUGGUCGUUGCUCACAACAACACGUUGCCUCGAGGACCAGACCAGGAGCGAGCGCCGACGACCGAGAUAGCAAGUUGCCUUUGAUUAGGUGAAUUUGUUUGGUGAAGAAAGACGAAGCAGGCGAGGACGACGACGACGAAGAACGCAGCGGUACGAGCCAACACAAAUAUCGCCGGCAUCAGUGAAAACACAUCAGGCCGACAGACAAGCGAACAUGGCGGAACAGUUUAUCGGCUUGCACAUGAAGGUGGUCCUUCGGGAUCCUCCUGGCUACUGGAUCACCGGAACUGUGCGAAAUGUGGAAGCAGGAAACAGCUUAACCCUCACUAAUGUGUUUAUUGCCGCCACCAAUAUGCACACUACGCAGAUGACAAUCAAUGCCCACAACAUUGCAGACCUCUCGGAAACUGACUACCAGCCUACGCCCGACUUGGUUUCACCGCUGUACAGCCAGCGCGCGACACCAACGCCCACGCAGGCUGCUUUCCAAGAUCCAGCGAUUCUCAGCAUGGCUCGCGCACCGGCUCCCAUAACACCGUCUAGGGCACCGGAAGAGAGUCCGGCGCCAAGACAACCUGGCGUGCUGCAGGGUGUCGAUUUGCACGGAAACGGCGGCAAGCUACCGCAGACCAACAUUCUAGACGGGAUGAAGGGUUUGGGCUUGGAGCCAAAGGCAUUGACCCCUGACACACACAAGAAACGGACCCGGCGCAACAACAAAUCGAGAGGCCAAAACAACUUGGAGGAAAGCCACGUUCAAGGAUCCCCUGUGCCGGCCCACAAGAACCACGGCAAGGGCUGGCGCCAAACCCCGAUUCUGCAAAGUACCGCUUCCUUCCAGCCGUUCAAGUCGCUCAAGAAUGCCGGCAAAGGCCAAAAGAUCUUUACCGAAAAUGGAUGGGCGUCGGAAGAUGUCACCGAGGAGAUGGGAGAGUUUGACUUUGAGAACAACCUCGCCAAGUUUGACAAGCGGACCAUCUUUGAUCAAAUGAGGCGCGAUGACGAAAUUGACGAUGCCGAUCGACUAGUCUCACACAACCGCAAGCCAAAGCCCGGCACUGCUGGCGGCAAGAACCUUCAUUAUUCCGAGAAUGUGCUGGAUACGCCCACGGUUGCAGCACCGGCAGCGGACUUUUGGAACAGCGAAGCUGAUGUGGAUGGCGAACCAGACGAACGCUUGGGAGGUCGGGACCCGCGCAAUGGCGGCAACCAGCCAAUGCGCCGAACCGACAGCAAAUCUGGGCCAUCUCGGCGAUCACAGUCUCGCAAGGCCAGCACGGUGGUAGGCGGACAGCCAUUGGCAAGAGUAAACUCGAGCACGCGCGGAGCUGCGCUCCCGUCGCGGCGGUCUACUCCUCGCUCCGGCCAUCGAAGCGCAGAGAGGCAACAUCAGCAAUACCAGAACCAGCAGCCUGGUUUGUAUCUCUUCCCCUCUCAGCGACGAGUAGAGGCGAUUUCUACGCUGCAGAUGCUGAACCUAGAAAACAUUGCGGCCAACGAGCUCGGCUUCAGCGAAGGUCUUAUGGCAGAGAACGCUGGACGAGGUAUAGCCGAAGUCGCGAUUGAGGCCAUGUCGGAUCCUGCACUCAAGGUUCGGUAUGAGCUCGCCGCGGCGGCAGAUGCCUCUAUCAGCGGCGGAAGCAAGAUUGUGAUUUUGGCAGGCAACAACAAGUCAAGUAUCCGCGCGCUUGCGGCCGGCCGCCACCUGCGCAACAAGAACUACGAGGUUGUGGUUUGCCUGGUGGGCGUGGAGCGAGAGAAGGAUCUCCUGGAGGACCUGCGCCGACAAGUACAGCUCUACCGCAGCUUUGGCGGCAAGGUGCUGAACAAGAACGACUUUUUCGAGCAUUUGCGGCAAUCAACUACGUCUGGCGGCGGUGGUGUUACAGUUGGUGGCGCAGCCGCAUCGGCAUCUGUGGCUCUUAUCAUUGAUGCGCUCCUGGGCCUGACCAUUUCCUUUGAGGAGCUGCGCAUUGGCGACCAAGCCAGUGUAUACGAGCUGAUGGAAUGGGCUAACCGUAAUGAGGCGUUUGUGCUGGCCGUGGACGUCCCGUCAGGCAUUGAUCCUACCUCUGGCAAAGAGGCCGUCAUUGAUGGUGGUCAACUCUUUGUUAAACCGCGAUAUGUGGCAGCUAUUGGAGCGCCAAAGAAGGGACUCCUGGAAGCCGUUGCUAGCCAUGCAGAGGGCGAAGGCGAGGCACAUGAGGAAUGGAAGAUGUACGUUGUUGAUCUGGGUCUGGGUAAUGCCGUCUGGCGCAAAGCUGGUGCCAAGGUGAGAAAGGGCGUCGACUUUGGCGGCGGCUGGGUGGCUGAGAUGCGAUAUGUUGGCGUAGUAGAAGCCGAGGAUGAGGAUGAUUGAGCACAAAAAGAGGAGGAAGGCUGUUUUCUUUUGUCUGAUUUGGCGCUGGCGUUGGGAUGGGACAAUUCUUUUUUUACUCUCUGUUGUUUGAAAAAGCUCGACUAUAGUAGCAGCAGCACGAUGCGAUAUCCCUAUACACUUUUGUCUUUUUAUUGUUUGUUUGAUAACCUAUACUCUUUUUUGUCUGAUAAUUUAUAUGGUAAUCUACACAUCUGUCCGUUUUGUGAGAUCUUCUACAGGCCAUUCCGAGUCGUAGUAGGCAUUUCUAACGGCGUUGGGUUGGGCGGUACGCUGAGGUUACGCUAGGAGGCGAUGCGCCGGCCAAGGCUGAGGUGUCGUCACGGAAGGCUGGACAGGUUUAUGAAAUUAGACAAUCGAUCCAAGGGUUUCCGAGACCAAUGAACACAGUAUCACAUAUCCCGGCACUUGUUUUCUACACAAGUAUCGUUGGAUGUUAGCGGCGCAUUCGGCUAACACCAAGUAUUUUAUACAGAGAAGCGAGCGAAUGCUUGGCAAACAUCACGUGGGGGUAUCCUGGCGCCCAGGAAUCCGUUCGAUCUCCCUUAUUGAGAUUUCUUGGCAGAGAAGGUUUGCUGGAAGGGCGCUAGGGAGGUUUGAAAAAAUCACCAAAGGUAAAAUUCGAGUCGGAGGACGUCGAGGACCGGAUAUCAAAAUGCAUCCCGGGUCUUAAUGCACGGUGCAUCACGCGACAGAAGAGCAUGCGGAGAACGACUAGAUGUCGGGGCUACUUUGGAAAAGGAAUAUUAGACCGAGCGAUGGACGAGCAGAAGCCGGGCUAGAGACGGAUUGGGAAGGUAAGGCGGCGGUGGCGGAGCAAAAUGGAAGAUUGGGUGCUGUGCUGUUGAGAUGUUGCGCUGGGG